AUGAUGGCGGAGGCGCUAGAGCGCUGGCUCCGGGAGGAGAUGGAGCUGCCGCCCUCCGCCAUCCCCUCCCCGGCCACGCUACGCAGGCUCUGCUCCGGCCCCACAGCCCCCAUUUGGGAUUACGUCAUCCGCCACGUCCGGAACCAGCGGAACGUGAAGAAGAUCCGAGGAAAUCUGCGUUUGUACGGGCACCUGCAGGAGCUGGAGGCCGCUCCGGCUCGGCCGGGCCAGCAGGGGGCGCUGCGCGCGGCCGUGGAGCGGCUCCGGAAGGAGGUGCGGGACCUGGGGGACGCCAUUGCGGACGCACAGGAAACGGCGCGGCACCUCGACGCCUCGCUGGAGGAGGCGCAGAGGCGGCGGUGGGCGGAGCUUCAGCGAGGGGCGGAGCUUCGGCUGCUGGGGGCGGAGCCGGGCCCGGCUGGGCUGCAGGACGGCCACGAGGGGGCGCUGAGGGCAACCCAUAAAAGGCCGGGCCAAUCCCGGGCGGAGCUGUCGGCCAUCUUGGCCGCGGGGGCAGAGCCGGAAGUGCUGGUGUCAAUCAAGGCCCUGUGCAAGGCCAGGGAGGCAGAGCUCCAGAGGCCGCGCCCACACAGGCUGUACUGA